UGAAACAUGCCUGUGACGUCAGUUGGAUCUUUUAAAGGCACCGUUAUCCACCAUCAACUUCCACAAAACCCCACAUCCAUCGACACGCGGGUAGCACAGACUUGUCUGUUUCUUCUCUUUCACUAAUAGGCUAACUACUACUGUAUCACAAAAGCAGCCAUGUCUUCAUCCAACACCACCACUGAAGACUAUACUACUGUGGAUCAGCAAAUCUCGUCCUUCUUAUCCGACUGUCUCUCGGAUGCGGAUUGCACCCAACUCGAAUUGCAGCUGACCCAAUUCGUGUCUUGCCACUAUCACCAACGUCCCAUUGCCUUGGUGACAUCCGGGGGUACUGCGGCCGAUUUGGAAGUCAACAGCGUUCGAUGUCUCGACAACUUUUCCACCGGUCUCAGAGGGGCCAUUUCCGUCGAAGAGUUUCUCAAGAGAGGAUAUGCCGUGGUUCAUUUGUGGCGACGCGGCAGUGCAUCGCCGUUUGGACGCGUCUUGUGUCAAGAAAUACUCCAACAACCCGCUCAGGAUGGAUUGCAUGUGGACAGUUUGGGAAAGUUGUUUGCGGGAGGAGACGAGGAUGACGAAGAAGCACUGGUGCAACAGGUUCUCGAUCAACAAGAUCCAUGGUUGACCGAUCCCAAUAAUAACAACAAUAACAACGACACGGCAGCGAAUAAUGCCCACACCAUGAAUAGGAAUGACCACCACCACUCCAUUGCUCUCCAUCGACACGUCCUCUACUCGACCAAACUCCAAACGGCAUUGCAGGAACGAGCCACGGCAUUGAAAGAACAACGACUCUUGACCAUUCCCUUUCGAUCCAUUGAAGAAUACCUCGCCAAACUCAAACUGGCAUCCACGGCAUUGCAAGAAUCCAAAUCACUCGCAUUGGUCUAUCUGGCCGCUGCUGUCAGUGACUAUUACAUUCCCCAACACGAAAAAUCACAACACAAAAUACAAUCAGAUUCCGGAAGCAUCACCCUCCACUUGCGACCCGUUCCCAAAACCAUGGGAUUGCUGCGAGAUGCGUGGGCACCGGACGCCUUUUGCGUCAGCUUCAAAUUGGAAACCGAUUCUAACAUUCUACGCAAAAAGGCCGAACGAGCCGUCCAAAAGUACAAUUGUCAUUUGGUCAUUGGCAAUCUGCUUCACACGCGAUACCAAAAAGUGUCGAUUCUGGCGCCACCGGAAUUGGGCAAUCAUACCACCGACGUCACGGAAUGGCCCAUGCACGAAGUGGUCAAGCCACAUCCACAACAACAACAAGAUUCCCUCGAAAGUGCCAUUAUCGAUUUCGUCGUACAGUCUCAUUUUGAGUUCAUUUCCAAUAGUGGAUACCAGCAACAACCGAUGCAAUCAUCCAAAGCGGCCAUGCAGCGGCUGCAAGAAAAGAAAUGGCGUUUGCAACGGCAGUCGCUCGAGUUGCAAUUGAAACAACAUGCCUGGACGGUUGCCGGAAUUGUUCUUUCCGUGGCAUUGUCGUCGGCCAUUAGUGCGGCGAUGCAGCGACGAGCGGCGGGGCAGCGAUGA